CAAAUUCAGACUUCACCAUGUUGGAUUAAUUGGUCUGCUGCAUCUGACCUAUAAUUGCUCUACUACACUUCAGCCAUAUUUGAUUAAUGAAGUGUCCCCUGGAUAGUGUGAAUGAAGAUGUUCAACAACUCAUUCUGAGACUGAAACAACGCGAAAGUACGAUCGACGGUUUGUGCAAUGAGAUUGGUCAGAUUCAAGCGCAGUUAUCCAACAUCCGACAGUAUCAAAAAGAGAUGAUGACUUUGUACAAGAUGUCAGGUCGUUUGGCAACCACAUCAGGCACUCGUCCGUUGCACUGUUUGUCAGUGGAGAACAAGGAACUAGAACAGCUACGUGUUGAAAAUCAGGUCUUGUGUGAUUCACUGGAUGACCACGAGAUCGCCAUCGAUGUUGUGAUGAACAAAUAUCGUUUACAGAUAUCAAAUUUGGUGCGAGGCAUUCACACCGAUCAGCCCUGUGUAUCGGAGGACUGUCGAAAUGACCUAUGUGGGAAACGUCCCGAACUAGCCUUCAAUCAGGGAUUUGCGCAGGCUCACCUGACAGAAGCGCGAUAUCAGAGCAAGGAAACCGAACUGCCCGAAUACGAUUUUCUUGCUAAAUCUUUGCUCACCGCACAGAUGAGCAAACUGACUUCAUUGGCCAGGGAUAUCUGUGAUCAGGGGGAUGCCUACUCCGCUCAGCUCCAAACGGAGUUGCAUCGUUUAAGGUCCGAAAAUGCUGGCCUGCGUGAAGUUUUGAUGAUCUCUUCGGACUUCCCUGUGGACCAGACUGACGCCAUUGAGGUUGCAACUCCUGUUGAAUUAACGGAAUCUGAAAGCCCUGGAUGCCGCCAGAACAAACUAGCCAUGCGUGCCAGUCUCCCUUUAUCAUCACCUGGUGCGAACAACUUCACUUCUGAUCAGCAACCAAAACCAAUUCACACAGGAGGUCCGUCCAUUACGAUGUCUACCUUGGGUGAACUCACUACUUACGAGGCUGUUGAGCGUGAGCAAUACUGCACCGGUGACCGUUUAUUUGGACGAAGUGAGGAUGUGGAGGAAGAUGACGAUGACGAUAUGACUGUUGCAGAUGGCAGUGAAAUUGUCGAUUAGUUCCUUAGUGUGGACAUGCUGCCACGUUGUAUACCUAUUCGGCUGAUACCCAACAGAAAAGUACUCAACACGCACAGCAACUCUGCUGUUUCACCGGAUGCUUUCAUUUUGCGUUUGUUGCUUCGGUACGCAGACCCGUCUCGAAAAGAUAGACACGCCUCGUUUGAAGGGGUCCCCAGCUGUAUCAGUGGCCCAGCUUGCCAUGUACUGCGCCAUUAAAGUGACAGGACUGUAACAAGUUCCUUUUCGUCUCGCUUUGUUUUCAGUUUUACUGUCCCACUAUCCUUCGAACGCCCACUGUGUACCAUCCUAUGAUCUCAAAAACUACCAUUGGUGUUUUUUAUGGAUUAUACGUACUCGUACUAAUCCUAAUCUCCAUCACCCCAAGUCAAUAUGGUUAUUUUUUCGUUUGAUAUGAUACGUGUGGUGUUUGCCCAAGGUCCUGUUCGAAUUGGAUGUGAAUCCUCUCUUUUUGUUUGUACAUUUUGAAAGCUGGAUUAGACAUGUCUGCAAUAUCAACA